GGUUAGGAAACAAGAAUAGCGAAACAGGGGCUAUAAAACCCUCAAAAUCGCGCGCUUGCUCGGCCUGCAACAAUCUCGUCAGCCAUAGCUGCCAUGGAUUACCUCAAGACCGUCGUCCCUUCGCAGCUCAUCGCCGAGCGGGGCGCCAAUCUAGUCGUCAUCAAUCCAGGCUCGUCAAAUGUUAGAAUAGGCUUUGCUCAUCAACAAGUACCCUUUAACAUUCCUCAGUGCAUUGCUCGGCAUGUGAAGGAACAGAAUGAGGGGCCAAAGAAAAAUGUGCAGGAUCAGAUGCUUAACUCUGAAGUAACACCAGCGCAGCAAUUGGAGCGUGAGAAGGCUUAUGACAUCAUUGCGUCUUUACUAAAGAUUCCAUUUCUUGAUGAAGAAGCUGCAAACAAUUCAUAUCCGUUUAAGAUGGGUAGGGUUGAUGCUUAUCCUCCACAUCAAGGUAAAAGCGAUACUACUUUCACUUGGACAAAUGUUAUGUAUCGAGGUGUGAAAGUUGGUGAUUCUUCAGAAAAGUUGGAGAACGAGGAUGCUGAAGAGGAUUCCCUAGUCUCUAAAACUGAUAAUGUUAGGGAGCCUAGUUCUGAGGCGUACACAUUCAAGGAACUUAUAUGUGGAGAGGAAGCGCUGAGGAUUUCCCCCGCUGAGCCAUACUGUUUAAGCCGUCCUAUUAGGCGAGGCCACUUUAAUGUUUCUGAACAUUAUCCUCUACAGCAGGUUUUUGAAGAUUUGUAUACCAUCUGGAACUGGGUAUUGAUUGAAAAGUUGCAUAUUUCUCCAGCAGAUAGAAAUCUAUAUUCUGCUAUCCUUGUUGUGCCUGAAACAUUUGAUAAUCGUGAAAUCAAAGAAAUGCUCUCUAUUGUGAUGCGGGAUUUAAGGUUUAGCUCAGCAGUGGUACAUCAGGAAGGUCUUGCUGCAGCCUUUGGGAAUGGAUUAUCCACAGCAUGUGUUGUAAACAUGGGUGCUCAAGUGACAUCUGUAAUUUGUAUUGAGGAUGGAGUAGCUUUACCUUCUACAUGUGUGACAUUGCCUUAUGGUGGGGAGGAUAUCUCAAGAUGCCUCCUGUGGGUUCAACGUCACCAUCAGACAUGGCCACCUAUUCAUACUAAUCCUUUGGUGAAGCCUAUUGACAUGUUAAUGCUCAACAAAAUAAAAGAGUCAUACUGUCAGAUUAGAGAGGGAGAAUUUGAUGCUGUGGCUGCUGUUCAUUCGUAUGAGGAAGACAGACCUGUUGGCUCACACAAGACUAGGUUAUCAGCUCUCAACGUUCCUCCUAUGGGUCUUUUCUAUCCAACACUUUUUGUUCCAGAAGAGUACCCACCACCUCCCCGCUCAUGGUUCCAUGACUAUGAGGAUAUGCUGGAAGAUUCUUCGGAGUUCCCUAGAAGGCCUGACAUGUCAGAUGGCCUUUAUCUGGGUGUUAAUAGUGGACUAAACAUGUGGGACAAUUAUCCAGUAUUUCCAACUAGACUCAAGAAGGAUGAAAAACUUGGUCUUGCAGAGGCAAUUACCAGUAGUAUUCUUUCGACAGGGCGCUUGGACCUUCAAAGGAAGUUGUUUUGUAGCAUACAGCUGAUAGGUGGAGUAGCUAUGACUGCCGGUCUUGUUGCAGCAGUGGAAGAGAGGGUUUUGCAUGCUAUUCCUUCAAAUGAAGCCAUUGAUACUGUAGAGGUAUUGCAAUCUAGAAGUGACCCAUUGUUUGUGUCAUGGAAAGGGGGCGCAAUUCUUGCCAUCCUUGAUUUUGGUCGUGAUGCUUGGAUACAUAGAGAGGACUGGAUACGAAAUGGAAUUCACAUAGGAAGUGGGAGAAAAUAUAAGGAUUCUUAUUUUCUGCAGGCACAAGCAAUGUGUUAUAUUAAUUCUUAACAGAUUGUACCUCUUGGCAGCACGGCCAUGCCAUGUUCCGGGGCGUGACAAUAUCCUUCACGGAUCGAGUGUUUUCGGGUGUCCAGACUGGGAACAAAGCAUAAACGUAUUGGAAGUUUUGGGCCGUGAGCAUCAUUGUUGUCUUGUAGUUGCAUGGCUUGAAGAAACUCGGUUGUUUUUUAUGUACUAAAUAGAUAUGGUCUUUAAUCUUGCUUCAUUUUGCUCUCACAGAAGCCUGGUAGUGGUCGAUGCAUUUAACGGUCACGGUGCAAAAUUGCUGUAAUGUUUUGCCAAGGAAGAAUGAAUCAAAUUUGUUCUAUUCUACUCGCCAAGCCUCUGUCACUUUUUUACUAA